GUGCUGGAAAAUGUGAAGACAGCGAAGAAAGCGAUUUUUUUCCUAGAAAGCGAAGUCUCUAGCCAAGAAACAGAGUCUUCCCAAGAAGAAACAGAAAACUUAGCGCCUUGGUUACGCAUUCUUGAUGAAGCCGAGAAACGCCAUGAAAUCCAGCUCAACGCAUUGAUUAAUGAGUACGAAGGGGACGGAUAUUCAGAAAGUGUGGCCCGCGUGAAAGCCGAGAACGCUCUUCUUCCUGUUUACAGAAAAGAGCUAAGAAAAGUACUCUUAGAGAAUCUACAGUGGAUGCGUGCAAUGAAAAAAGACCCCACCUUAAUAAAAAGUGACUGA